AUGUCGAACUGGCACACAGGGGAGGCGGUGGGAUGGAGGUGGGGGGAAGGGAAGAAGGCUAGGGAGGAGAAGAAGAAGGCUAGGGAGGAGAACAAGAAGGCUAGGGAGGAGAAGAAGAAGGCUAGGGAGGAGAACAAGAAGGCUAGGGAGGAGAAGAAGAAGGCUAGGGAGGAGAACAAGAAGGCUAGGGAGGAGAAGAAGAAGGCUAGGGAGGAGAAGAAGAAGGCUAGGGAGGAGAAGAAGAAGGCUAGGGAGGAGAACAAGAAGGCUAGGGAGGAGAACAAGAAGGCUAGGGAGGAGAACAAGAAGGCUAGGGAGGAGAAGAAGAAGGCUAGGGAGGAGAACAAGAAGGCUAGGGAGGAGAAGAAGAAGGCUAGGGAGGAGAAGAAGAAGGCUAGGGAGGAGAAGAAGAAGGCUAGGGAGGAGAACAAGAAGGCUAGGGAGGAGAACAAGAAGGCUAGGGAGGAGAAGAAGAAGGCUAGGGAGGAGAACAAGAAGGCUAGGGAGGAGAACAAGAAGGCUAGGGAGGAGAACAAGAAGGCUAGGGAGGAGAACAAGAAGGCUAGGGAGGAGAACAAGAAGGCUAGGGAGGAGAAGAAGAAGGCUAGGGAGGAGAAGAAGAAGGCUAGGGAGGAGAAGAAGAAGGCUAGGGAGGAGAACAAGAAGGCUAGGGAGGAGAACAAGAAGGCUAGGGAGGAGAACAAGAAGGCUAGGGAGGAGAACAAGAAGGCUAGGGAGGAGAAGAAGAAGGCUAGGGAGGAGAAGAAGAAGGCUAGGGAGGAGAAGAAGAAGGCUAGGGAGGAGAACAAGAAGGCUAGGGAGGAGAACAAGAAGGCUAGGGAGGAGAAGAAGAAGGCUAGGGAGGAGAACAAGAAGGCUAGGGAGGAGAACAAGAAGGCUAGGGAGGAGAACAAGAAGGCUAGGGAGGAGAAGAAGAAGGCUAGGGAGGAGAACAAGAAGGCUAGGGAGGAGAACAAGAAGGCUAGGGAGGAGAACAAGAAGGCUAGGGAGGAGAAGAAGAAGGCUAGGGAGGAGAAGAAGAAGGCUAGGGAGGAGAACAAGAAGGCUAGGGAGGAGAACAAGAAGGCUAGGGAGGAGAACAAGAAGGCUAGGGAGGAGAACAAGAAGGCUAGGGAGGAGAAGAAGAAGGCUAGGGAGGAGAAGAAGAAGGCUAGGGAGGAGAAGAAGAAGGCUAGGGAGGAGAACAAGAAGGCUAGGGAGGAGAACAAGAAGGCUAGGGAGGAGAAGAAGAAGGCUAGGGAGGAGAACAAGAAGGCUAGGGAGGAGAACAAGAAGGCUAGGGAGGAGAACAAGAAGGCUAGGGAGGAGAACAAGAAGGCUAGGGAGGAGAACAAGAAGGCUAGGGAGGAGAACAAGAAGGCUAGGGAGGAGAAGAAGAAGGCUAGGGAGGAGAAGAAGAAGGCUAGGGAGGAGAACAAGAAGGCUAGGGAGGAGAACAAGAAGGCUAGGGAGGAGAACAAGAAGGCUAGGGAGGAGAACAAGAAGGCUAGGGAGGAGAAGAAGAAGGCUAGGGAGGAGAAGAAGAAGGCUAGGGAGGAGAACAAGAAGGCUAGGGAGGAGAACAAGAAGGCUAGGGAGGAGAACAAGAAGGCUAGGGAGGAGAAGAAGAAGGCUAGGGAGGAGAACAAGAAGGCUAGGGAGGAGAACAAGAAGGCUAGGGAGGAGAACAAGAAGGCUAGGGAGGAGAACAAGAAGGCUAGGGAGGAGAACAAGAAGGCUAGGGAGGAGAACAAGAAGGCUAGGGAGGAGAACAAGAAGGCUAGGGAGGAGAACAAGAAGGCUAGGGAGGAGAACAAGAAGGCUAGGGAGGAGAACAAGAAGGCUAGGGAGGAGAAGAAGAAGGCUAGGGAGGAGAACAAGAAGGCUAGGGAGGAGAACAAGAAGGCUAGGGAGGAGAACAAGAAGGCUAGGGAGGAGAACAAGAAGGCUAGGGAGGAGAACAAGAAGGCUAGGGAGGAGAACAAGAAGGCUAGGGAGGAGAAGAAGAAGGCUAGGGAGGAGAAGAAGAAGGCUAGGGAGGAGAAGAAGAAGGCUAGGGAGGAGAAGAAGAAGGCUAGGGAGGAGAACAAGAAGGCUAGGGAGGAGAACAAGAAGGCUAGGGAGGAGAACAAGAAGGCUAGGGAGGAGAACAAGAAGGCUAGGGAGGAGAACAAGAAGGCUAGGGAGGAGAACAAGAAGGCUAGGGAGGAGAACAAGAAGGCUAGGGAGGAGAACAAGAAGGCUAGGGAGGAGAACAAGAAGGCUAGGGAGGAGAACAAGAAGGCUAGGGAGGAGAACAAGAAGGCUAGGGAGGAGAACAAGAAGGCUAGGGAGGAGAACAAGAAGGCUAGGGAGGAGAACAAGAAGGCUAGGGAGGAGAACAAGAAGGCUAGGGAGGAGAACAAGAAGGCUAGGGAGGAGAAGAAGAAGGCUAGGGAGGAGAACAAGAAGGCUAGGGAGGAGAAGAAGAAGGCUAGGGAGGAGAAGAAGAAGGCUAGGGAGGAGAACAAGAAGGCUAGGGAGGAGAACAAGAAGGCUAGGGAGGAGAACAAGAAGGCUAGGGAGGAGAACAAGAAGGCUAGGGAGGAGAACAAGAAGGCUAGGGAGGAGAACAAGAAGGCUAGGGAGGAGAACAAGAAGGCUAGGGAGGAGAACAAGAAGGCUAGGGAGGAGAACAAGAAGGCUAGGGAGGAGAAGAAGAAGGCUAGGGAGGAGAACAAGAAGGCUAGGGAGGAGAAGAAGAAGGCUAGGGAGGAGAACAAGAAGGCUAGGGAGGAGAAGAAGAAGGCUAGGGAGGAGAACAAGAAGGCUAGGGAGGAGAAGAAGAAGGCUAGGGAGGAGAACAAGAAGGCUAGGGAGGAGAACAAGAAGGCUAGGGAGGAGAACAAGAAGGCUAGGGAGGAGAACAAGAAGGCUAGGGAGGAGAACAAGAAGGCUAGGGAGGAGAACAAGAAGGCUAGGGAGGAGAACAAGAAGGCUAGGGAGGAGAAGAAGGAGAGAAGAAGGCUAGGGAGGAGAAGAAGAAGGCUAGGGAGGAGAACAAGAAGGCUAGGGAGGAGAACAAGAAGGCUAGGGAGGAGAACAAGAAGGCUAGGGAGGAGAACAAGAAGGCUAGGGAGGAGAACAAGAAGGCUAGGGAGGAGAACAAGAAGGCUAGGGAGGAGAACAAGAAGGCUAGGGAGGAGAACAAGAAGGCUAGGGAGGAGAAGAAGAAGGCUAGGGAGGAGAAGAAGAAGGCUAGGGAGGAGAAGAAGAAGGCUAGGGAGGAGAACAAGAAGGCUAGGGAGGAGAACAAGAAGGCUAGGGAGGAGAAGAAGAAGGCUAGGGAGGAGAACAAGAAGGCUAGGGAGGAGAACAAGAAGGCUAGGGAGGAGAACAAGAAGGCUAGGGAGGAGAACAAGAAGGCUAGGGAGGAGAACAAGAAGGCUAGGGAGGAGAAGAAGAAGGCUAGGGAGGAGAACAAGAAGGCUAGGGAGGAGAACAAGAAGGCUAGGGGAGGGGGAGAACAAGAAGGCUAGGGAGGAGAACAAGAAGGCUAGGGAGGAGAACAAGAAGGCUAGGGAGGAGAACAAGAAGGCUAGGGAGGAGAACAAGAAGGCUAGGGAGGAGAAGAAGAAGGCUAGGGAGGAGAAGAAGAAGGCUAGGGAGGAGAAGAAGAAGGCUAGGGAGGAGAACAAGAAGGCUAGGGAGGAGAACAAGAAGGCUAGGGAGGAGAACAAGAAGGCUAGGGAGGAGAAGAAGAAGGCUAGGGAGGAGAAGAAGAAGGCUAGGGAGGAGAAGAAGAAGGCUAGGGAGGAGAACAAGAAGGCUAGGGAGGAGAACAAGAAGGCUAGGGAGGAGAAGAAGAAGGCUAGGGAGGAGAACAAGAAGGCUAGGGAGGAGAACAAGAAGGCUAGGGAGGAGAACAAGAAGGCUAGGGAGGAGAAGAAGAAGGCUAGGGAGGAGAACAAGAAGGCUAGGGAGGAGAACAAGAAGGCUAGGGAGGAGAACAAGAAGGCUAGGGAGGAGAAGAAGAAGGCUAGGGAGGAGAACAAGAAGGCUAGGGAGGAGAACAAGAAGGCUAGGGAGGAGAACAAGAAGGCUAGGGAGGAGAACAAGAAGGCUAGGGAGGAGAAGAAGAGAAGAAGAAGAGAAGGCUAG